GUUUUUAUCCCAAACGUCAAUAGAUUAAAAAGAUGGCUGCGCCCACGGAAUUUACAUUAGAAUCUGUCCGUGAAUUUAUGUUAGAAAAAGGUGGUAAAGUGACCAAUCAUGAAUUAGUGAAACACUUUAAACAGUUCUUGACAGACCCGUACACGAAAGAAUAUGCUCGGGUGCAGUUCAAGGAGUACGUUAAUACGCUGGCCUCGAUCCGUCAAGAUGAAGGCGACAAAUAUCUCGUAUUGAAACCGAUAUUUUAUCCGUCGGACUACGCGGCAAGCGAAAGGGUCAGGGACGUCGUUGAUCCCGUCUCGUCUUCGUACAACGCCGUUGGGCUGCCAUUACCACCGUUACCAACGCAGCCGCAAUAUUUAUCACCACCGCACAUUCAGCAACAACAACAACAUUAUGGCCAGCCGCCGAUGGAUGUGGCACCUGCCUUCCGGGCACCACCUCCUUACCGGCCACCACCGGAACCGACGCCAUUCCGUCGAUCUUCGCUGUCUGGUUCUGAUUUGUCGCAUUCGCCCGUCAACGUCUUCCCUCCACCGCAAUCGUUGCCUUACCAUCACCAGCCUCCGCCCGCCAUGCCGCCGCUUCCGUCGCAGAAACAAGCGCCCCCCGUCCACCACUUUGUCCGUCAGACGAGCCUUCCGUCGGACGAUUUCAUUCCGGCCAGCGCCUAUUUGCUGCCUCAGCAACAGCCGAUGCCAGAACGUUCCGUCUCCAUCCAGGAUUUCACGUCGCCGUCGCAUCACAUCCAAGAUUUGACGACCGGAACGCCGCCUCCGGCCGUGCCUCCACGUCGCUCUAAAAAUCCGCGAAGCGACGACAAAGAGAAUCAUCACCUCGCCAGCAUCGGAUCGUCGUGCUCUUCCAUCGACGGCGUGAGUGUCGGUGGCAGUGUCAGCGGUUUGAAUAAUGAAGAGAUCAAAAUCAGCGUCAAAGAGCGGACGCAACGUUUCAACAAAAUGGCCUCGGAGAUUGAUCUGGUGCAGAAGAAUGGGUCGUCGGGUCAGGACCGACGCGAGAACAAAUCCAAGUCUCGUGAUGACGACGACACUUCAUCAGUUGGAACGAUGGAACCGCGUGCCAAAGAGUGGAUGUUGGCCACUGCCCGAGGCGACUAUCACGCCAUAGCUCGGCUGUUGCGUGAGGAACCUCGACUCGCCAGGCGCCGGGAUUUCGUAACGUAUACUGGACUUCACUGGGCUGCCAAACACGGUCAUGACGACCUGGUCAAAAUGCUUGCUGGCACUCACAAAUCAGACGUUAAUGCUAGGACGAAUGCUGGCUGCACUCCAUUGCACCUGGCGGCCAUGCAGGGCCAUGCUGAAGUCGUAGAUUUAUUAGUCAAAGCAUAUGGUGCUGAUUCAAACAUGCGAGAUUACAGUGGCAAGAAAGCUCAUCAGUAUCUCUCCCGGCCGGACACGGUCAUCUCCGUCGACACUUUCCGCAAAAUCACAGCCAAACGAAAUCUGGCGGCAGAGAAAGAAGCUGCGGCAGGUUUCCUUCGUAUAGGCUCACUUAACGUGCGCGUCAAGAAGACGACCGAAGCCUUCAACAAUCUACUCAGCUCAGCAGGUGGAAGCGGAACUUUUUCCAACACCAAGACGUACAAUAAACCUUGGGGAUCCAUCGACAAUCUUGCCAUCUCAACGGUCGAAGGACAAAUGCCUCCGCCCAACAAACAAGGUACGGUUAAAAAGAAGCGACCAAAGGAUUGGCCCCAACCGCUCAUUAGUUCGCCUACCAUGUUACAUCACUCCAAUUCAUUCAACGGACGGACGAUCCAGUCGGUGUUGGUUGAAAACAAAGAAGAAUACGAAAACGAUUCAGAUUCUGCCUAUGGUUUUGGGAACAAUUGGCAGAGUUAACGAUCCUCAUUUUUGUUUUAUUGCUUUGUUCUACUUAUAAUUUAUCUUCACAGCAAUCGGUGCCUUCCAUUUUCCGUUGAGACGUAGACCAGACAAGUGUUACGUUUGUUUGUUUGUUUUUAUCCUACACGACUGACUGCAUUUCAAACUUUAGUUACCGGAUCAAACAAAUAUAGUUUCGAGGCUCGUAUCCGA